AUUAAGACCCAAAGACUCCGCGUCGCACUCGCAGUUCAGAUCAGUAGAUCUAAUCGUCUUCCAGAUCAGACUUCUUCGCCGGCUAUGAUGGGACCUGACCGGCGCUUCCAUCUCCGCCCGGACCACCUCAUCCGCAACGGCGGAUUCGCCCUCUUCGUCGCCGCCGUCCUCGUCUUCACCAUCAUCGUCGCCACCUACCAACCCGAAGACCCCCUCCUCCACCCCUCCUCCUCCUCUCCCUCCUCCAAACUCACCUCCUUCCUCACCUCCACCUCCAACGCCACCUUCCUUGCGGACGUCUCCGUCCUCCGCACCGGCGAAGACUUCCAGAACUCCUCUUCCGCCUCCUUCCCCUCCUCCAGCGCCUCCGACACCCCCGUCGUCGGCGACGCCGCCCCCUUCAUCCAGAUCUCCGACAUCGAGACUACAACCGCUGCGCCCUCCGUCGUUGCUCCGGUCGAGUGCGACCGCGGCGCACCCGUUGACUGCUCUGACCGCGAGCUCUUCAACGUGAUGAUGCGCGCCGCCAUAGAGGGCUUCCAGGACAUCCAUUUCUACCGCUUCGGAAAGCCGGCCGCCGUCCCGGACGCCUCCGACGUCUGUGAUAUGGCGUGGCGCUUCCGCCCUCGCGACGCCAACCGCCCCACGUUGUACAAGGACUACCGCCGCUUCCACCUCGUCAGAUCCGCCAAUUGCACCCUCACCGUCGCCAAGAUCGGCGACUACCACUCGGGAGUCAACGCGCGCAAACGCCGCCGCUCCAAACGCGGAUCUGGAUCUGCCCCCACCAGCGAGGCCGUAUUCGAACCCAAGAAGAACUUCCCAGAGGCCGUGGAGUCGAAGACAGAGUCGGUGCCCGUGGUCGGAGAAGCUAUCAAUGACACCCUCCCCGUGAUUGAGUCGGAGUCCACCUUCAGCGCGGGCAAGUACCUCGUUUAUUCCGGUGGCGGAGACCGCUGUAAGAGCAUGAACCACUAUCUGUGGAGUUUCCUCUGCGCGCUGGGAGAAGCCCAGUACCUAAAUCGAACACUUGUCAUGGAUCUCAACAUUUGCCUCUCCUCGAUCUACACUGGUACGAACAAGGACGCCGACGGCAAGGACUUCCGGUUCUAUUUCGACUUCGAGCACCUCAAGGACUCGGCUUCUGUGAUCGACCAGCGCCAGUUCUGGACGGAUUGGGGGAAAUGGGAGAAAAAGGACAAGCUUCCCUUACACUUCGUGGACGACCUCAAGGUGACGCCUAUGAACCUGGCUGGCGUCAAGGACACACUCAUCAUGAGGAAAUUUGGAGACGUCGAGCCAGACAACUACUGGUAUAGGGUUUGCGAAGGGGAGACCGAAGCCGUGAUCCAGCGCCCAUGGAACCUCCUCUGGAAGUCCCGGCGGCUGAUGGAGAUCGUCUCGGCCAUCUCCACGCGCCUGAGUUGGGACUUCGACUCCGUCCACAUCGUACGAGGGGACAAGGCGAGGAACACCCAGCUGUGGCCCAACCUCGCCAGGGACACCUCGCCUGAUUCCCUGCUCGCGAUUCUCGCCGACAAGAUCGACAACGGAAGACGGUUGUACAUCGCCACCGAUGAGCCUGAUACCUCCUUCUUCGACCCCCUCAAGGAUAAGUAUACCACCUAUUUCCUAGACGACUUCAAAGAUUUGUGGAACGAUACUAGUGAGUGGUAUCAGGAGACAAAGGAACUCAAUAACGGUGUAGCUGUGGAAUUCGAUGGCUACAUGAGGGUGGAAGUUGAUACCGAAGUGUUCUUGAGAGGAAAGAAGCAGCUUGAGACCUUCAAUGAUCUAACCAGUGACUGCAAGGAUGGUGUCAAUACCUGCCCUGCUACUGCUUGAUGCUGAUAAUGCAAUUGCUUGGUAAGGUGAGUCUUUGAAGGAUUUCUAGGGCAUUUAACUGCUUUUACAUUUGCCUUCUGGAGUUGGUUACAUAGAAUCAAUAGGAAUUUGUUUUGUUAAGCAUUUUCCACAUGUUUAGGACCUACUGGUCACCCUUGUUGCACAUUUUUAUCUGUAGAAGGUAUCUUGUUACGUGAGAUGAUUCACUAGUAUUUGUCAUUGCAAUUGUUAUGCAAUUGGUCUAUCAAAAUUGAUUGGAAGAUUUUAUAAA